CAUACUGGUGAUGGGUAUGCUUAUAGAGACUUCCAAAUUCAGCCUGCCACAGCCCGCCCCUUGUUGACCGCCUCCUUGACCACUAUAAAAAACCUGUUGCCACUUCCCCCUCCGCCCUCCUGACCUUGUGCCCAUCUUCAACUACACACUUCCCAUCAAUACAAUCUCAUCCUUAAUCUCCCGAUCCGAAUCGAUUGACUGUAGUAUUGAAUACUCCAUCAGCCCACAAGAAAGACAACCACUCACUCCUAUCCCCUCCUCCUACAUACUACAACCCACUCAUCCCUUCUUCCCCCUCCCCCUUCGCAUAACCACCUCUCCGAUCAUGUCCACUGCUAUGAACCUCGACCGACCUCUGGAUGACAUCAUCUCCGACAAGCGCAAGCAACAUAAGCGCCCAGGUGGCAUCGCUCGCCGUGGAGGCCGGACCAAUGGUACUGGUCCAGUUCGUAAUGGCCGUGCCCCUCGUGCUCAACCCGUCGUUGCACCAGUCUCAACCGCCAAAUCUCUUCAGCUUCCCCCUCAGAUGGGUCAAGGAAGCAAGAUCAUUGUCUCCAACUUGCCUUCAGAUGUGACUGAAAAUCAGAUCCGAGAACUCUUCAACACUACCGUCGGUCAUGUCACAAGAGUCACCCUCAGCUAUGAUAACCGUGGUGCUUCGAAGGGUAUCGCCCAGGUCGAGUUUAAACGGAACGAGGACGCAACCAAGGCUUUUCAACAGUACAACAAGCGUCUAAUUGACCAGAACCGACCCAUGAAAGUUGAAAUCGUCGUCGAUCCCAGUCGUAUCCCACCCGCACCGCUGUCAACAAGGGUCGCUCCCGCAAACAAGCAAACCGCUCCUGCAAGCGCUGGAGCAAAUGGCCAAACAGCCACCAAUGGCAAUCGUCGAGGUGGACGCGGCCGAGGCAAAGGUGCCGCCAAAGCUCCCCAGAAAAGCGCUGCCGAGUUGGAUGCUGAGAUGGAAGAUUACCAGAAAGCAAACGAGUAAACGUCGAGCUGCUUUGAAAUGUUUCGAUGCCAGAUGGUAGUAGAACUUCGGAGGUUACCAAAACGUUUCUCAAAGCUUGAUUGGCUGUAUUCCUACUAGAGUGUCUAAUCGAAUCCGUGUCUGAUGAUAGCCCUUAGUGUCAAACAUGAGAUUACUACUACAUACAUACAUAUAGUUUUUCUUCACCAGCGCGUUUGGAUUGUCUAUUUUUUA